UCAUUCGCGUGGCGUGGGGGUCGUGGUCGUGAAAUCGAGGUCACGGCCUCGUCGUACAGUGACUCCCAGGCGCCUGUGGCGAAUUUGCGACAGCGUCGUAACAUUCCAUCCCAGUCCGGCUUCCUCGUCGACGUGGUUGCGAGUGUCAGGCGAGGGAGGAGGAGUAACAGGCGCCAACCUCCUCUACUGUCCCUGUUACGCGCGAGGUGUAGCAGCGGUGUCAGCAGGCAGGACGCGAACUCCACCAGGAUUUCGCGCUGUAGGCGACGUGCCAGGGGUGGGAGCCUGGAGUCGCGGAGCACGGUCAUGUCCCACUCGCACACUUUGGCGAAGAGUUCGUCGUUCUUCGCCAACGCCAGAGGGGAUUGUACCCGCGCUGCAGGGGCGGGUCUGCGGGCGUCUGUCGAGCCGCGGCGGGUGUUGGAUGCGGCGGCUCGCCGGUUGGAUUGGCCGGGCCGCACAUUUGCGUCUCGGGCGGGGGAGUCCUCCAAAUCUCCCUCGUCUGGGGCGCCUUCCCAGUUUACCCCGAUUGGAGGGGUAUAAGUGGGGUCGUUUGCGUGUUGAAUUUCAUCGUCCUCAUCAUCAGCCCCCUCCGUGUUCCCUUCCGCUGCUCCCCGCGUAGCUCCUCCUCCUGGUGUGUCUGCAACUGGAGUGUCAGCACUUAGCCAAUUUUCCGUCCCUCGCGCCCGGCGAUCUUGGCCGCUUGCGCGGCGGUGCUUCGGGCUUUGGAGAGUCGGGCCGGGGCCCUUGUCCCGCCGUCGGCUUUGGAGGUGUAGUAGGUGGGCGGUUGUCUGGCGUGUAGG